AUGAGUUCGGAAACACCCCCUGCUGUCGAUGCCCACACGGAAGUGCCGUCAGAACCUCAACCGUUGCCUGAAGUGCCUGCGAUAGAAGUUGAUUCCUCAAAGCAACAAGCCAGCGACGACUCUCCGGAACCCCAGAGUCCCCUGACAGAACGCUUCACGGAGGUUGAAUGGACAGCAAUCAAAGCUUUCAGGGGCGAGCUUCCUGACGUCUUUGCUCACGCAUACCCAGAUGAUCCCAACGCGAAGAUAUCACCCGUUACUCUUUGGGGUGUUAAGAUCGAUCCUACCAGUCCCAAAGAUGCCCGAGUUAGCGUUGUACUUUUGAAGUUUCUUCGGGCAAGAAAUUUGAGCGUAUCUGAGGCUCGUGAGAUGCUCAGGAAUACUCUGCGGUGGCGAGAAUUGUUCGACCUCAAUGCCGCGAUGAAGGAAGAAUUCCCGGAGGAACUUUUUGGCGGUCUUGGUGGUAUCCAUGGUCACGACAAGGAAGGCCGACCUAUCGUGUAUAAUUUGUACGGAGGCGGACAGGAUCUAAAAGCCGUGUUUUCUGAUGUCCAAAGAUUCAUUCGCUGGAGGGUGGUUCAGAUGGAGAAGUGCGUGACACUACUAGAUUUCACUGAAGUCGAUCAAACGCUUCAAAUCCACGAUUAUGAUGGACUUGGUCUUUCAAGCAGAGACGCCAAUUCCAAGAAUGCUGCUUCGGAAGUUACAAACAUCUUCCAAAGCCACUACCCGGAACUUCUCUACAAGAAAUUCUUCAUCAACGUACCGACGAUUAUGAAUUGGAUUUUCUGGGCUUUCAAGCCGUUAAUUUCUGCAAACACACUGGCCAAACUGUCCGUGGUAGGGUCAGGUCACCACGCCAUCAAGAAAGCGCUGUUGCCUUUCAUUGAUGGCAAACAACUGCCGAAGAGGUAUGGCGGUGAGGGUGAUGAUUUCUGA